AGCCCAUCUCAGCCCCCGCCUAAUAAAGGGGCGACAAUGAAGGGUGGGACUCCAGGUGAGGGCGGGACGCGGGGCUGCUCAGGGCUCACAGGUCACAGGCUGUCAGAGUGGUCCGGCUCCCGCUUGGAGCCGCACUGCCCUUGGUCGCUCGCUGCGCCCAUGGACCUUCGACGUUCGCACGUCAUGUCUUGGCUAAGCCUCUGCGCCCCAGCGCUCAUCUUCACGUGGCAACUGCUGUGGCCGCUGGUCAUGGCAGCUCAGCCUCCGGAGUUGGCCCUGGACCCUGUCCGGCUGACCUCCGAUGCCCCAGGGCACACCGAGCCCUGGUUUUUACACUCCUCUGACCUCCCACCCGCAUCACCCCAUGUGCUCACCACCCCUGCAGACCCGGGGAGCUUUCAUUUCCUGGGUUCCUCCGCUGCAGCCCAGAUGGUGGCUUCCCCUCAGGAGUUGACUGAGCCUUUGGUUCCUUUCCCGGAUGCCGCUGGAGAGCUUCCCCCAGGGCCAGAUCAGUUUGCUGCUGGACUUCAGGAUCCUAAGGACAAGGUAACCCAGCAUCACAGCCUCCCAGAGGUGGUUCCAAAGCUCAGCUGGGAUCACAGUCAGGCCGUGACUCCGCCUCCUCCACUUGAGAUUCAGACUGUAGGUCUAGAUCAGGCUCACCACACAUUUGAAAUACCUGUUCCAACUCUAGGUAGAGCCAGUUCAAAGCCAGCAAAGCUUAUUGUGUCACCCCCACACCUGGAGCAAGAUCUGGCUCAGCUGCCAUGCUUGCCAGAGUUGUUGGAAUUCCAGGUCCAGUUGGAAGCACCAGCUCAGCCUAUAGAGACCCCUGAGGAAGGGGAACCCUCUCCAACCCCUCAGGAGGCCCCAGCAAAACCUCCAGAGGAGGUUGUAGCUCAACAGUUAGUGCAGCAUGAGGGACAUAUUCCAUCUCCAAGUCAGAAUGAACCUCAGCUGUCAUAUUGGAGUCUGAUGGUUACCGUAACUCUAGAAAUCACUAAUGAGAUUGACAUUUCUCCAACCCAGCAGAAGGCCCUGGCUCAGCCCUCAGAGCGCCUUGAGGAGGAUGACGCUUCCCCACUCCAGAUGGAGGCCCUGGCUAAGCCCUCAGAGCCCCCUGAGCAGGAUGAAGCUUCCCCACUCCAGACGGAGGCCGUGGCUAAGCCCUCAGAGCGCCCUGAGGAGGACGAACCUUCCCCACUCCACAUGGCGGCCCUGACUCAGCCCUCAGAGCGCCCUGAGCAGGAUGAAGCUUCCCCACUCCAGGUGGAGGCGCUGGCUCAGCCCUCAGAGCGCCCUGAGGAGGAUGAAGAAGCUUCCCCACUCCAGACGGAGGCCGUGGCUCAGCCCUCAGAGCGCCCUGAGCAGGAUGAAGCUUCCCCACUCCCGAUGAAGGCCCUGACUCAGCCCUCAGAGCCCCCUGAGGAGGAUGAAGCUUCCCCACUCCCGAUGAAGGCCCUGACUCAGCCCUCAGAGCCCCCUGAGGAGGAUGAAGCUUCCCCACUCCAGACGGAGGCCCUGACUCAGCCCUCAGAGCCCCCUGAGGAGGUUCAACCUACUUCAAUCCAGCAGGAGUCCCAAGCUCAGCCUGCACAGCCUCUUGAAGAGGUCGAAUCUUCUUUCGUCCAGCAAGAGGCACCAACUCAAGCCCCCGAAUUCCCUACCAUUCCAGUAAGUAAUGACAUUGUACCUGGACUUGCAGGACUGUUUCAAGCUUAUAAGUCCAACUUGCCCAUUGCCACACUUAAAUCUUUGGAUGUGGAACUUACUGUAACUCCAGAGCCUACUAAGGAUGUUGAAUCUUCCACAGUCCAGCAGGAGGCCCCACCUCAGCCUCCAGAGCCUUUAGAAGUUGAAUUUUCUCUAACCCAGGAGGAAGCCUCAGCUCAGCCUCUAGAGGCCCCUAAUGAGGCAGACUCUUCUCCAACCCAGCAGGAGACCCCAGCUCAGUUUCCAAGGGAGGUAGAACCUUUGGCAACCCUGCAGGAACAAGCAGCUCAACCUCCAGAGCAUGAUGAACUGAGAGUUUCAACUCCAGCUCAGCCUCCAGAAUCCUCCCCGGCUGUCCUAGAUCAACCUUCAGUGCAUCCUGAGGUGACAUUCUCCCCUCUAGGUCUGGGUCAUCAUCCAAUAUCGCCUCCUGUCACAAUGAAAUCUGUGGAUCUGGGGCUUUCCAUAACUCCCGAGCCCACUGAAGAGAUCCAAACUCCUAGCCAGCAGGAGGCCCCUUCACAGGCCCCUGAGAAGACAAAAUCAUCUCCAGUCCAGCAGGGUUCCCCAGCUCUACCUCCAGAGCCCCUUAAGGAGGCAGAACCUUCUCCGACACAACAGGGGUUCCAGGCUCAGCCUUCCGAGGCCCCUGAGAAGGUGGAACCAUCUCCAGUCCAGCAGGAGACCGCACAACAGUCCCCAGAGCCACCUAAGAAGGUUGUAGUACAACCUCCAUUGUAUCAGGAGGUGACAGUUCCAACUCAAGGAUCAGUUCCCCCUUUGGACCUGGCCCUUGCCAUAACUGCAGAAUCUACCACGGAGGCUAAGUCUGCAGCCCUGACCAAGACUAUAGCUCCUUCUUCUAGGCACCUGGAGGUGACACUUCCACAUCCAGAGCAGGUUCAGAGCCAGCAUCCAAACACGACUGAAGUCAUGGUUCAACCUGUGGACCUGGAUGUUACUAUAAGUCCGCAACCAGAGUCACCUGAGACACUUCCUGCAACAACUGAACAGAGUGCUUCCACAAAAAUCGACAUCUGUGAGCUGUGCACUUGUCGAGAUGGGACGCUGUCGUGCACAGGUCUCAGCCCAGAGCAGCGGCUCCGCAGAGUGCCUGAGCUCGAGUCCCACAGCUACAAUGGCACCUUCACCAUCGUAAAUUUACAAGGAAACUCUAUUUCUCACAUUGAUGAAAGUGUAUGGAAGUCAUAUCGUUGGGUUGAGAAACUAAUUCUCAGCGAAAAUAAUUUGAGUGAAUUACGUAAGGAUUCAUUUGAAGGCCUCCUAUCCCUCCAGUAUUUAGAUUUGUCCUGCAAUAGAAUAGUAUCUAUUGAAAGACGUACAUUUGAACCGCUACCUUUUCUGCAGUAUUUAAAUCUUGGGUGCAAUUCAAUCACAGAACUGAGCUUUGGAACGUUUCAGGCCUGGCACGGAAUGCAGUUUCUACACAAGGUAAUUCUUGAUCGUAAUCCUCUGACAACUGUUGAAGAUUCGUAUCUUUUAAAAUUGCCAGCACUGAGAUAUUUAGACAUGGGGAGGACGCAAGUGUCACUUACAACAGUUGAGAGCGUCCUCAUGAUGUCCCUUCAACUGGAAAAACUCCUCAUGUUCCUCGGCCUCCUACAGCAUCUGCCAAAGUCCAUCCCUCCCUGGUCAGCUAGAUGGCUCCCUCUCUGGAUAUUCAAAACCACUUCUGUGUAUAACUACAAUAUUAUUACUGCGCUGAAGAAAUCAAAUUCCUAC